AUGGAGGCGUUGGGGGCGCUGGGGGCGGGAGCGGCGCUGCUGCUGGGGCUCUACGCGCUGCUCUACUACAACUUCGUGGCGGCCACCCGGUGCAGGAACGCGGUCAGCCUGCGGGGCAAGACGGUGCUCAUCACAGGGGGAAAUGCAGGGAUCGGGAAGGCCACUGCGGUGGAUCUGGCCCGGAGAGGCGCCCGUGUUGUCCUGGCAUGCCGCGACAAAGCAAGAGGAGAAUCCGCCAUGUACGACAUAAGACGGGAAAGUGGGAACUCGGAGGUGAUCCUGAUGAUCCUGGAUCUGGGCAGCCUGAACUCCGUCCGAGCUUUUGCGCAGAGCUUCUUAGAAUCGGAGCCCCGUCUGGACAUCCUCAUCAACAACGCAGGGAUCUUUCAGGCUGGCCAAACCGCUGAUGGCUUUGACCGGGCCUUCCAGGUCAAUCACUUGGCCCACUUCCUGCUGACCCACCUGCUCCUGGACCGGCUGAAGCGCUGCGCCCCGAGCAGGAUCGUAAUUCUGUCCUCGAGUGCACACAUGUAUGGGAAGAUCGACUUUCGGACCAUCCACAAACCGGCAGAAGGAAUGUGGAAAGCUCUACGUUCAUAUGGCAACAGCAAACUAGCCAACAUUCUCCACGCGAGAGAAUUGGCCAACCGGCUGGAAGGAACCAACGUCACCUGCUACGCGCUUCAUCCGGGAUCUGUUAGAACCGAACUUGGUCGCUCUUUUCCACGGUGGGUAUUUCGGGUGUUUGGGUUCAUGAAGCUGUUCAGACGAGAUUGCGACGCUGGUGCCCAGACCUCCAUCUACUGCGCCACCGAGGAGGGCAUCGAGAGGCUGAGUGGGUGGUAUUUCGUGGACUGCCAGCCGAAGGUACCCUGGCCACAAGCCCGUGAUGACCAGCUGGCCAAGAAGCUCUGGGAAUUCAGCGAGAGGCUGGUGGGACUGACCACUUAAGACGGGAAGGGACCGAGACGGAGUUUGGGGUAACCGAAAGCUGGCAUCCAAUUUAACCUGGAAGAUCAAACUGCAGGGAAUCUGGAAACUUCCCAGAGGUUGUGGUGUGGCAAGUGAGACAAGUGUUGAAUUUCCGAGAAUUUAAAAAACUGGAAAGCAUUGUGGGGUUUUGUUCUGGAGAGUUUCUCAGCAUUGGCCGUAAGAAUCUUUUAAAUAAAGAAACAGACUCUUUCAA